AUGCCUCAGAUGCUGGCUCACCAGAUAACAGGAAAUGGUGUUAUCUCCUUCACUCGCUGUGCAGCCCAGAUGUAUGCUACCACCUGCCUGGGAUGCACCGAAUGUGUUCUUCUAGCUGCCAUGGCCUAUGACCGCUGUUUGGCCAUUUGUAACCCCUUGGCGUAUACUGCUGUUAUGAACAGGAAACGCCAGUGGCAGCUCAUCUCAGUUUCCUGGGUAGCUGGGUUUCUUAUUGGUUCAGUCAAUGUGACCUGCACUAUUUCUGUCCUGUUUUGUGGGAGCAACCACAUCAACCACUUCUUCUGUGAGCAACCAGUUGUAUUUAAAUAUACGUGUAAAGAAACCCGCUACACAGAACCCAUUAUUUUGAUUGCGUCUACAUUGAUCCUUGUGGGUCCCUUUUCCGUUAUCCUAACCUCCUAUGGUUGCAUUCUCUACUCCGUGUUUCAAAUGCCAUCAAGAGUUGGACGGAGGAAGGCACUUUCCACUUGUACCUCCCAUUUGGUGGUGGUCACCCUUUUCUAUAGUACCCUCAUCUUUAUGUACAUGAGACCUAGUGCAGAUGCAGUUAUUGAUCGUGACAAGCAGACAGCUGUCCUUUACAUAGUGGUCACACCCAUACUCAAUCCCAUCAUUUAUAGCUUGCGGAACAAAGAGAUCCACAGGGCAGUGGGCAAGGUAUUGAGAAGGCUUUGA